UGUGUGUGUGUGUGUGUGUGUGUGUGUGUUGGGAUUGGGGAUAUGACCGCUGGUUUCUGAGAUCCAAAAGUAAAAUCACGCAGAAUGAGAGUCAGCUGACCAAGUCACAAGUGCACAUACACAUGCACACAAAGAGCAGGAUUUUCCUCCCCCCAUCUUUGGAAUGUGUGUGAGGCUUGGAUGUGAUUCUGUCGUGGCAAACUCUUUAUACUGGAUCUGUUGGGUGUUUUGAUUUGUCUGUGUGUUUGCAUGGAUGUGCGUGAGUGACUCUAUUUUCCUAACUAUCGCUGUGCAUGUUAGUUCGAUAUUAUAUAAACGCAUACUAACACCUCAUGAUGGGCUUACUCAAUACUCCAAAUAUUUAGGGUAGACGGGAAGCGUGGCAGUUGAUGUGUGUGUGAGAUGUGGUGGUUUCAGCAGGGUUAGGGUUAGAUGUGUGUGAGGUAAGUGUGUGUGUGUGUGAAGUAAGUGUGUGUGAGAUGUGGUGGUUUCAGCAGGGGCUUUGCUGGCUCCCUGCAGCACUAGUCAUCUGGUCUACGGCCACAUUUGUUCUCUCCUACUCCAUCGCCGUCUUCCUGGGACACACAGACGCAGUACUGCCUUAUAUCAGUGACACAGGCACACAGGUUCCAGAGCGCUGUUUGUUUGGGUUCAUGCUUUCUGUCACCUCAUUUUUAGGUGCAGCCACAAUCUAUGUGCGAUACAAGCAAGUCCAGACAUUAACUUCACCAAGUGAACAUGUUCUGCACCUGCUCAACGGUGUGGGCAUCAUCCUUGGCUACCUCAGCUGCUGUGGAAUGUGUAUCGUUGCUAACUUUCAGAAAACAGACCUGAUUGGUGUACACCUGGUCGGGGCAGGGAUGACCUUUGCUCCGGGGGCGCUGUACAUCUUGGUGCAGACAGGUGUGUCGUACCGCAUGCAGCCCCGUUUCCACGGAACAGGCAUCCUGUGGACGCGCACUGCGGUGGGACUUUGGGCGCUGGUCAGCAUCGUCACCUUAUUUGUGUCAUCUAUCAUCAUGUAUGACGAGGAGCCUAAUGUUGACCUAAUCACAAAGGUGCGCUGGGAGUCCACAGAAUCGGGCUAUAUAGCUCAUCUGGUGAGUGCUGCCGCUGAGUGGUCUCUGGCCUUCUCCUUCAUCUUCUUCUUCCUCACCUACAUACGGGACUUCAAGAAACUUCGACUUCGGGUUCAGGCCAUCCUGCAGUGUAACCACCUCUACAACUAUGCCCACUAUGAUGGCCGAGUGCACGUUCACCAUGGAGAGCGCUCGCCUCUGCUGGCAGGCAGUAUCUAAGAUUUAAGAUUUAGUAGUAGUCUCCCCUGCUGGUGUGGAGUAGGAACAGCAGGUUUCCCCCUGGAUUGGGUCACUUCACUGGUAUUCCUGCAAUAUGACUGUGUACACAUACACAGGCGUAUAUUAGAUACUACUUUCAGCAUUGUGAAUGCUAUCACAAUGAGAUCCUUGUGGACAUGCGGUCUCCUCACUGACUAUAGUUAUUCAUUCGCCCUGAGGAACUGAAAGACCUCUGGUGAACUGAGAUUUCUGAAAGGGCACAUACACAAAGGGGAGGAGGCAGGGAGACAGUAGAUGUAAAACCAAGAAAUCAGUUCAUUUAAUGUACAAUAUGUAGUCUAUAUAUAUAUGUUCUGUUGUAAUCGAUAUCAGUAUUAUAGGCUUUAUAUAUCUUUUCUACAUUUGAUCUGAAAGGUUACAUGGCUGUUAUCACUUUUUUUGCUUGUCAUGUAAGCGGGCUUGCCUGAGGAUGUGCUCAGGGAAGACAUCUUGAUGAAAGGCUCAAGUCUCAGUGACGCUGUCCUCGAAACAAUUUCUUACUUACAAAAUAAAUUCUUUGAAUUGUUGCUAA